AUGGCGGAAGAACAGCACUUGUCGUAUCCUCUGCACGAAUGCGUGUUCGAGGGUGAUGUACAGAAGUUCUCACGGAUGAUGAGGACUGAAGAUCUAUCGAGAAAAGACAAACACGGUAAUACGGCACUGCAUCUGGCCAUCAUGCUAGGUCGUAAAGAUAUAGUACAAUUGUUGCUCGCUCACAAUGCACCAGUUAAAGUAAAAAACAUAAAUGGAUGGACCCCAUUGUCUGAAGCAAUUAGCUAUGGAGAUCGUCUUACUAGUAAGUUAAUUUAUUGCUUGAAUUAA